GUUCCGUCUUGUAUCACAAGGAAGCCGAACAUAACGACGGUCGUCGUUUUGUCUGCAACAAAUGCAACAAAAGCUUCAAGCAUAAACAGUUGCUCCAGCGACAUCAGCUGGUGCACUCGGAUAAUCGGCCGCACAUUUGUAAAUCCUGUAACGCCAGUUUCAAGACAAAAACAAAUCUGAUUAAUCAUCAGGCCACCCACACUGGUGAGAAAACAUAUAACUGAACUUUGCAAGCAACAAUUUGCGCACAAGACUAGUCUCACUUUGCAUUACAGGAUUACAGGAAAGCCAUGAAACGAAGUUUUGGCGGCAGGCCUCGCCAUGAAUGUUGGGAAGAUCAAAAAUUUUUACCAAUACAAGAUAAAGGAAAAACAGUUGCGUAUUGUUGUCUUUGCGAAAAUAUUUUGAAAAAUACAUCAAAAGUGAGGUUACAGAUGCAUAGAAAAAAUUGCCACGAAAAGUCGGACAGCGUUGUUGUUGUGUCAGGAGAAAUGUUAUUAAACUCCGAAUCAGAAUUAAACGCCGAGGACGCCAAGGUCGUCGAGGUCGCCGAGCCAUUGAUAAACAAUAGUGACAAUAACGCCAAUCUGCUCAAGCUCAAGCAAAAGCAAAAAAAGAAUAAAACAUCGAACACACAGAUACGGCCAUUUUUCGACAAGAUUUCUGAUAAAGAUGAAGUCAGGAUUAACGAGGCAUUGAUGAAGUUUUUUUGUGGCUGCAAUGUUUCUUUUGAAGCAGUUGAAUCUGAUCACUUUUUAAAUUUGAUGAAAACCAUGAGACCUGCAUACAAACCUCCGACAAAAGAAAUGCUGACAAAUUCUUUCCUUCACAACUUGCAUAAGCAACUAAUAACGAAUGAAUCUACAUUAGUCAAUUCUGAUGGGAUUUUGAUGAUUAAACAAACAUCAUUUCAAAACUCCAAGCAAAUUGUAACUUUUGCUAAAACUGUUCAAGGAAAGAUCUUCUAUUUAAAAUCAUGGUAUAUUUUGCUCAAUAUAGAAGACGUAAUUAACGAAGCACUACACAUUGCCAAAACUAAAUAUUUCAUCACGAUUUAUUUAAUAAUCACAGAUUAAAAUUAUCAAACACUGACAGUGACAAUACUUAAUGAAGAAAGCAACAUGUGGAUUUUCAAUUGUAACUUAUCAUUUGCGUCAUCGUUAGAAAGAAUAUUAUUAGACGAAGGCUUUGCAGAUAAGGUUCAUCAUCUGCUUGUCCAAUUUUCUGAUUUACAAGAGGACUUAUUGAAACGUGAUGGAGCAAUAAUCAUUCUAUCAAAUAUCACUGCUUGUAGUGAUUUGCACAAUAUGUAUGCAUCUUGCAAAAAAAACUUAGCAGCUAUGAGACAAAUUAUCGGAGAAGGUAUAUGUAAAUUGAAAAGAGCUGUUGUCGAUAUACUUUUCGAUGAAACAUUCGAACAAGAAUUACAAGAUUCAUUGGACAUGUAUGAAUCAAUAUGUUCAAUUCGAGUAAAAUGCAAAAGUUCAUGCACAUUAUUCGCAGAUACUGUUGAAGAUUGGUUAAUUUUAGAAUCAUUAAACAACAACCUCACUCAUCGAAUUCAAGAAACUAUUAAUAAAAUAAUUACAUCAGUUGCAUUAGCAGCAAAUUUUUGUCAUCCAAACUAUCAAGGAGAGCGAUUUCGAAAUGACAAGAUACGUAUGAUUAAGAUGACCGAAUUUUUUAUUGACGCUUUGAAUGCAAAAGGAUUAGCUGAUUACGAGGCAUAUCGAAGUUCAAGCGGAAUAUUCGAGAAACUAAAAUCGAAGGAAUGUCAUGAUUCACGAGUAUUCUGGGAUACAGUCAAGCCAUUUCAUGGUGAUUUAGCUGCCAUUGCUGUAAAACUUGUAGAAGUACCUGCUUCUGUAAUAUUAUUGGAGCCACGUGUUGUGCACCAAAAUGGAUUAACUCCAGAUCGUCUUCAAAAACUGACAGAUUUAUAUUAUGAUUUAAAAAUACGUGACAAACAUGUUAUUAACGAAUAUUGA